CGGGCGCCCCACUCGCGGCGGCGAUGUGACCCGGGCGGCGGCGCGGCCCCGGUCCCCGGCCCGUGGUGUCUCCGCGGCCCCGGCCCGUCCUGCCCCCGGCCCGCCGACGCACCCCCAUGCCCGCUCACGGCCGCCCGCCGGUAGCGGCUGAAGCCUGCGGGGCCCGGGGAGGCGAUGGCUGCGGAUCUGGUGGUGCUGCUCUGCCUGGCCGCCGCCGCGGCCGCCGUGGAAGAAACCUUGAUGGAUACGCGGACGGCGACAGCCGAGCUGGGCUGGACCGCCAACCCUCCUUCGGGGUGGGAAGAAGUCAGUGGCUACGACGAAAACCUCAACACCAUCCGUACGUACCAGGUGUGCAACGUCUUCGAGCCCAACCAGAACAACUGGCUCCUCACCACCUUCAUCAACCGGCGUGGAGCUCACCGCAUCUACACAGAGAUGCGCUUCACUGUGCGGGACUGCAGCAGCCUCCCCAACGUCCCUGGCUCCUGCAAGGAGACCUUCAACCUCUACUACUACGAGACGGACUCUGUCAUUGCCACCAAGAAGUCUGCCUUCUGGACAGAGGCACCCUACCUCAAAGUGGACACCAUUGCUGCUGACGAGAGCUUCUCUCAGGUGGACUUUGGUGGCAGGUUGAUGAAGGUGAACACAGAAGUGAGAAGUUUCGGGCCUCUGACCCGCAAUGGCUUUUACCUGGCUUUCCAGGACUAUGGGGCUUGUAUGUCUCUGCUGUCUGUCAGGGUCUUCUUCAAGAAGUGCCCCAGUGUGGUGCAGAACUUCGCCAUCUUCCCGGAGACGAUGACGGGAGCGGAGAGCACCUCCCUAGUGACUGCCCGUGGCACCUGCAUCCCCAACGCUGAGGAGGUGGAUGUGCCCAUCAAACUGUACUGCAACGGGGAUGGGGAGUGGAUGGUCCCCAUCGGCCGCUGUACGUGCAAGGCUGGUUACGAGCCGGAGAACAACGUGGCUUGCAAAGCUUGCCCGGCGGGGACCUUCAAGGCCAGCCAGGGCGCGGGGGUCUGCACGCCGUGUCCCUCCAACAGCCGCUCCACCGCUGAGGCCUCACCGCUCUGCACGUGCCGCAACGGCUACUACCGGGCGGAUUUCGACCCGCCGGCAGCUGCCUGCACCAGUGUCCCAUCCGGCCCCCGCAAUGUCAUCUCCAUCGUCAACGAGACGUCCAUCAUCCUGGAGUGGCACCCGCCGCGGGAGACAGGGGGUCGGGAUGACGUCACCUACAACAUCGUCUGCAAGAAGUGCCGCUCGGACCGACGCACCUGCUCCCGCUGUGACGACAACGUGGACUUCGUCCCCAGGCAGCUGGGGCUGACGGAGACCCGGGUCUUCAUCAGCAGCCUGUGGGCGCACACCCCCUACACCUUUGAGAUCCAGGCUGUCAACGGGGUUUCCAACAAGAGCCCCUUCCCGCCGCAGCAUGUUUCCGUCAACAUCACCACCAACCAAGCCGCACCCUCCACUGUCCCCAUCAUGCACCAGGUGAGCGCCACGAUGAGGAGCAUCACGCUGUCCUGGCCUCAGCCCGAGCAGCCCAACGGCAUCAUCCUGGACUACGAGAUCCGCUACUACGAGAAGGUGAGCCGCAUCUGCACGCCUGAUGUCAGCAGCACCGUGGGCUCCAGGCCGGCAGCGGACCACAACGAGUACAACUCCUCCAUGGCCCGCAGCCAGACCAACACGGCCAGGAUCGAGGGGCUGCGACCCGGCAUGGUGUACGUGGUGCAGGUCCGAGCCCGCACCGUGGCCGGCUACGGCAAGUACAGCGGGAAGAUGUGCUUCCAGACGCUGACGGACGAUGACUACAAGUCGGAGCUGAGAGAGCAGCUGCCUUUGAUUGCGGGGUCCGCAGCGGCCGGGGUGGUCUUCAUCGUCUCGCUGGUGGCCAUUUCCAUCGUCUGCAGCAGGAAGCGCGCCUACAGCAAGGAGGCGGUGUACAGCGAUAAGUUACAGCACUACAGCACCGGGCGAGGAUCUCCAGGGAUGAAGAUCUACAUUGACCCCUUCACUUACGAGGACCCCAACGAGGCGGUCCGAGAGUUCGCCAAGGAGAUCGAUGUAUCCUUUGUGAAGAUUGAAGAGGUCAUUGGAGCAGGGGAGUUUGGAGAAGUGUAUAAAGGACGUCUGAAGUUGCCCGGCAAGCGGGAGAUCUACGUGGCCAUCAAAACACUCAAAGCCGGCUACUCGGAGAAGCAGCGCCGGGAUUUCCUGAGCGAGGCCAGCAUCAUGGGGCAGUUCGACCACCCCAACAUCAUUCGGCUGGAAGGGGUGGUGACCAAAAGCCGACCGGUCAUGAUCAUCACAGAGUUCAUGGAGAACGGGGCCCUGGACUCAUUCCUGCGGCAAAAUGAUGGGCAGUUCACCGUCAUCCAGCUGGUGGGGAUGCUCAGAGGAAUUGCUGCUGGGAUGAAGUACCUUGCGGAGAUGAAUUACGUGCACCGAGAUCUGGCUGCCAGGAACAUCCUGGUCAACAGCAACCUAGUGUGCAAAGUGUCGGACUUUGGCCUCUCGCGCUACCUGCAGGACGACACGUCCGACCCCACCUACACCAGCUCCUUGGGAGGCAAGAUCCCCGUCAGGUGGACGGCGCCGGAGGCCAUCGCUUAUCGCAAGUUCACCUCGGCCAGCGACGUCUGGAGCUACGGCAUCGUCAUGUGGGAGGUGAUGUCGUUCGGGGAGAGGCCCUACUGGGACAUGUCCAACCAAGAUGUCAUCAACGCCAUCGAGCAGGAUUACCGGCUCCCGCCGCCCAUGGACUGUCCCGCCGCCCUGCACCAGCUGAUGCUGGACUGCUGGCAGAAGGACCGCAACACCCGCCCGCGCUUCGCCGAGAUAGUCAACACCCUCGACAAAAUGAUCCGCAACCCGGCAAGCCUCAAAACUGUGGCUACCAUCACCGCUGUGCCUUCUCAGCCCCUCCUCGACCGCUCCAUCCCCGACUUCACUGCCUUUACCUCAGUAGACGACUGGCUGAGCGCCGUGAAGAUGAGCCAGUACCGCGACAGCUUCCUGACUGCCGGCUUCACCUCCCUGCAGCUUGUUGCCCAGAUGACAUCCGAAGACCUCCUGAGAAUAGGAGUGACUUUGGCUGGGCACCAGAAGAAGAUCCUGAACAGCGUCCAGUCCAUGCGAGUACAGAUGAGUCAGUCUCCGACCUCGAUGGCAUGAUGUCCCUUUGUUCGACGGGGAGGGGACGGGGAGGGCACGCAGCAGAGGUGGGAGGGGAGGAACCUACGGGCGCCGCGGGGCAGCGUUUGGAGAGGUGCCACCACUGCCUGGGGACUGCGACUGCAGGCGAAGGAUGUUCCUGGGACUCAUCUCUAACUGGUGACUUCCGUUCCUCACCAAGAGAAGCACACUUACCGAUGUCAUGGGGAACAGCGUAUAAAUACAUAUAAAUAUGUACAAAUCAUAUAUUUAAAAAGCAAAACAAACAAACAAACAAACACAAAAAACAAUGAAGACAAACCAAUGUGCGUUGGGGAAAAAAAAAACCCAAACCCUAGAGACCAGACUCCAAUCCCACCACCAGUGAGCAGUGGUCGAAACUGAGGAGGAGGAGGAAAGGGGCUGUUGGGGAAGGGAGAGGCACGAGAUGGAGCAUCCUGUUCGGGGAAACCACCUUCCUUCCUUUUCUUCUUUCGCCCUCCCUCCGGGCUCCGGGCUCUGCUCAUGGACCGGGUGGAAGCGUCCUCGGGUGUCUCCACAGCUCCCUGUCCUCCUGCCCGGGGGCCGCUCCGGCAACUACCAAAGGACUUCGCUGACCACUGCAUGGGGGAUCCGACUCAAUCCAGUUAAUGUCUUCAUAUUGAAGAAGAGAUGUACCUUCAAUAGAAAACCUUGGGUUUUUUGUUUUGGUUUUUUUUUCUUUUUUCUCUUUCGCUUGCAUUUUUUUUGCAAAAAUGAAAAAAAAAAAAAAAGGAUUAAAAAAAAAUUAUAAUAAUAAUAAUCCAUCCUGGAAAACGGAAAGAGGUGUUCCCGUGUGUGUGUGCGCUCGUGCGCGUGUGUACGUUGUCGACUUACUGUGGACUCACUGCUUGUCCGUAACCGAAGAUCACCGCCAGCCGGUUCCCGGCCCGGGGGGGUCCCGGGGGUUGUCCCCGCAGCCCCUGGCAGCGGGAGGGAGCAGGGAAGCGCCCGACGGCGAAGCAAGCCCUCGGCAUCCUGCGAACGGGGAGGAGGACGCCAAGGACCGGCCGGUGCGGCGGGGAUGGGACGGGAGCGGAGGAGCCGCUGCGUGGUUGUGACUGGGUUGGUGACUGCUGGAGAAGGAGGAGAGAUGCUCUGGGAAACAGACUGCUAAGGCCUCUGGAGCCUCGGCGAUGCUAUGGAAGAUGGCUAUGGAGGACUUUUUUUUCCCCCAUCUUGCGGACCUAAGGAUUUUGAUACUGAUUUACAGACUUAGGUUUCAUGGCUUCAGAGGCUGUAUCUGCUGUCAGAAACCUUCGGGUUCUGCUGGCUGGAUUCCCCACCGGCUGCGGGGCCAGGGGAUGCGAAGGAGCAGUUUCGGGGGCUGCGCUGCGUCUCCGAGCUUUGGCCAUCCUCAUUAUUCUCACCCUCCUCUCCUUUCCCUCCUUUCCCUCGCAGGGGCGUCGAAUCCAGCCGUGCAGCCGGAGGAGGGGAUUGACGCCGGUCCCCAGCUUCCCCCCCAGAGGAUGAUCCGGGAGGUCCCCGGGAGCCCCGUGUCCCCUCCCCGAGCCCCGACGUGCCCCUGGCUGUACCCUGUCCUGUACAUAACCAGUGAGAUGUCUGUAAAACAGUUCACCCCUUGUAAUUUUUUUUUUUUUUUGCCCUUCUCUCCCCCCGACCCUGUCCCCCCCGCCGCCAGCCUCAACCCUCCCUGCCCCAAUUCGUUGAUUGUGUUGAAAUUGUCGGAGUUUGUAACAGUAACUUUCAGAGAAUAUUGUACUAAAGAGAAAAUUGCACUCAA